AACCUGCUGGAAGUACAGGUGCUCGUCAGCAGCCAUGCCCGGGAGCAGGAGGGCCCGCGAAGCUGCCAACCCCCCAGUGGCGGGUGGGAUUGAGUCGGUGACAGAAAAGAUCUUACGGGAGGCCCAUUCGCUUUAUGUGCAUCCGGGUCAUGGUCUGGUGUCUAUCGGGGCUCGGCUGGGACUGACCCUGCUUCCACCACGCCGCAAAGUGACCGUCAUGGUGAUGGGCAACCACAGUGCUGGCAAGAGCAGCUUCAUUAACUGGUAUGUGGAGGAGCACAUCCAACGAACCGGUGUGGCUAUUGAAACUCAGGGUUUCACCUUCAUCACCAGUGGAAGGAAGCGGGAAUCUCUUACGGGUAAUGCUACACUUCAUCUGUACCCCCAUUUCCAGGCUUUACAGAACUUCAAAGGGGUGCCAGAGUACUUGAGCACUGAGAUCUGUACCUCCAAACAUAAGCAGUUCCCCCUGGUUACCUUCCUUGAUACACCAGGCUUGGUGGAUGGUGAUAUGAAAUACCCAUUUGAUGUGGAAGCAGCCCUCAUCUGGUUCGGUCAGCUUUGUGACCUCAUCCUGGUCUUCUUUGAUCCCAUGGGACAGGCACUUUGCAAACGCACCCUCAAUAUUGUGGAGAAGCUCAAUGAGGAACAUGGUGACAAGCUACAUUUUUACCUCAGCAAGGCUGACGAGGCUGGCGCUGAGGGUGACAGACAGAGGGUGCUGAUGCAGAUUGUUCAGGAACUUUGUAAGCGUCCAGGCCUGAAUAAGUGUGGGUUUGAUAUGCCCACAAUCUACAUCCCUAGCUCCAAUAAGCCAAGCCGGUGUGUAAAUCAGAUUGAGGAGAUCUGCCGAACCAUUGAAAAGACAAUCAGCCAAACUGUCCAGCACAUUCUCAAUGCCCUGGAGCGGGACUGUCACCUCAUCUGUGAGGCUACACAGCAGCUGCUACAGGAUGACAGUGAGGCCAGAAGCAGCAACAUCCGUGCGCUGUUCCGAGGAACGCUGUUAGGGCUAUUUGGCUGCCUGCUACCCAUCUUUCUCCUUCUGACCUUGCUGUUUGGCACAUCCUUUGCUCGCCAGCUGUGGUCUCUGCUUUUGGGAGAGGAACAAAACGAAGCAUUACAGCUUUAUGUGAGCCCUCUUGCUACAGUCUGGAGUCUUGUCCCUGAAGAACAGACCUUAACAGUAUUCUUUGGCCUUCUCUGCCUCUCAGCUCUCCUCCUGCUCUUGGCCAGUUACACUCUGAGGAUGAAGCCUACCCUUUCUAAAAAGCAGAAGAGACAGCUGGAAGAUCGAAGAAACUAUGUGUUGGACGUGGUGCUGGAAAAAAAGCGACAACUCUAUGAGGAAUAUCUUCAUCAGAGCAUUGGUGAACAAGACCUCAGCUGAGACUUCUUCCCCAGUGUAUGCUGAGAUACCACCAAUCCCCCACCCCUGUGCCAUACAGAAAUCCUUCCCUUCUGAGUUGCUUGGGAAAAGAAUGUGUCAUACAACUGUGAACCUUCAAAGGGGCCAGUGUGAUGCCUUCCACCCCAGUGUUCCCACAUAGAUCAACUCCUUGUAUUUGAUCAGAUAGUGAUGGCAUCCUGUGAUCUUUUGAACAGUGACUAACAUGUAAUGCACUAUGUCUAACAUGACAGUGAUGUACUUCUUCAGUUCCUGCUAUCCUCGCAUCUAGUUCAACAGUGCCUCUACCCUCAGGAAGGUGCAACAGCAACCUUUCCUUUAUCUUCUUUGCAUUCAGGUCAACUGUGCUACUUACAAUUUCCUAAAUGAUUGUACAUCCAUACCUCUUGAAUAAUACACAACUGUUGUGGGCCUGUAGUGACUGUUAUUAGUGACAUUCAUAAGGGGCAAGCUUUUUCCCCCAGUAAGAUGGUGUCUUCGUGACCCAGCUUCAUGGCCCACAUGUCCCCUUUUUGGCUGUAGUACCAUCUCUGUGUCAAUGUGUACCCCCCCAUUCAGUCUCUGUCUGGUCAGUGUAUACAUUAUUAGUUCCUGAUUGCUAGGCCUUGGCCCAACUAAUGGGACAAGUCCUGUUAAUGAGGAUGUGUUUGUGUUAAAUGUAAACUUUGAUGUUUUUACCAUUUGAAGGACAUACCUCAUAACUCAGCCUCUGCAUUAGAGUAGUAGAUCUUUUGUCUCACAAUAAUAAGUGCCUUCUAGGGACACCAGUUCUUCCAUGAAGCAUGGAGGCAUCUUUGUAAAUACCACUGUCCCUUCCUCUGUUCUUACCUACACUGUGAAAUCCCCCCCAUUUCCACUUAUGAUCUGGUAUAAGCUAGCAUCUACAGUAUUGUUACAUGCUGGGAGACACAUCCCUUCCCCUUCCUCCAGCACCAGGAAGUAAUUUAUACUGGAAGGAAAUGCAACUUAUUUGCAUUCUUUGAUUUGUAUUUAUAUUCAUAGAUUUCAUCUCUGUGCCUCAGAGAUGACCAAGAUGGUACCCAGCAAUGAUACUCAGUAUAUUUCAUGUACUUUGCCUACUGAGAUAACUGACUAGUAACAGUAAUAGUUACUGUAGCUCAUACUCUGAGGUGCUUUUAGAAGCUAUUUGUAAUCCAGGGGUGAGGAGGUCAUGCCCUCCAGCUCCUACAACUCUUGAUAUCUCUGGCCAUAUUAAUUAUGGCUGAUAAAAGUCAUAGUCCAGUAAGGAAAAUUGGAAGCCUCAAGUUUUCUCACUUACUCAAAUCCUUUGCCUUAAAGAAAGGUUUGAUUAAUUUGUAGUCUAUAAUCACAAGGUGAGGUAGGCUUCAUUUGAGCUUCUUUUUUAAUUAAAGCCCUCAUAGCUUGAAAAAGGUUUGCUUAGCCUAUUGGAUUAUAGCUCCAAUUUCCAAACCUGAUUGCACUGGAAAUAGUUUACCAGAGGAUGCAAGUGUUUUGUUUACACCAAGAAUGGGGACACUUUGGCUCUCCAGAUGUUGGUUAUGAUGGCUGGUACUGAUGGUAGCUGUAAAUCCAAAUGCCUGGUAGACCAAAGGUCCCCUGACCCUGCUUUACACCAGUUCCCAACAGCUCAUAUUAACAAGAAAUAAGGUCAGUGACAACAAAUGAUGCCUAUUAAAACCACUGGCUUUAAGGUUAACAGAUUGCUGUUUUGUGAAAGCGAGAGAGCUAAAACUAAAACAUGAUGCACUGUUACUUAGCCCAAUUAAUUUUGGAGCUCUUUAUGUUGGUUGGUCUACAUGACUGCCUAAGUGAUGAAUGGGAGAAUGGCCUACUUCUAGUAGUUAUUUUAUUUCUUAAUAUAUGGUCCUUACUGUAGCUGUGACAGAACAGGCCUGAUAAGGUCUCUAUUUCUACACUAUGCGCCAGCAAGUGCUGCCAGGAAUUUGGGGUGGAAUAUUUAAUAAAAGCUCAUUGUAGAAA